AAGGGAUCGGAAGGAGCAUAGCGGCAAUAACGAACUGGCCCGGUGCGCACCUAUCAUCGAACGCUAGCGAGGGGGUAUGACGACUAGGUCUUCUUUCUCGAUCUGGCGAGCGCCUUUCUGCUGGACAGAUCCUAUGGUACGAUGCACGCUGUUUUGCCUGCGGGGGAAGGCGUUGAUAUGUCCCUUGCUCGCGUCUGCGGGAUGUCUAAGCAUUUAAACAAUCGGUAUUGAUAUGUCUACAUCUUUUCUGACAUCUUUAUUUAGCGUUGGGUUGUCGCUCGCGCGGGCUGGGCUCAGCGCGUUGGUUGACGGCGCGCUCAACACGGUGUCGGAAUGGUGGAGGAGUGGGCUGCGGACAGACCUAAUUGCCAUAGUCAGUCGGGCAGCUCACCUGCUCAUCACCGCCGUUUCGCCCGUUGUUGGGCUGCAUGUUGCCAACGCACCUUCGUCAAUUCGGCGACGCAACGGAGGGACCCUGAGCCCGGCGAGAUUAUUUGACAACCCCCCCCAUCCCCCGCUACCGGCACGUGCGGUCCAGUCAGGGGGCUCAUCUUCCGCUCUAUCGCCUUCGCUUUCGGUAGCCGGCACCAGCCCAGGGUUGGUUGACGUGACGCCCGUCACGAGAUGUCAGAACACCAUCCCAUCCCUUGUCGUGGCCUUGAGGAUGCCAAGUCACACAAUAGGCACGGAGUACCCGUCACAGAGCGGCACCAGUCAACACAUGUUGAACUACUAAAGCUCUUUGUGGUCUUUUAUGUUCAGUAUGGCUUUCAAGCCCUCAGGCAUAUAAGCCAGUUCCCUGGCUUAGCUGGGCGCAUCACCUUCUUCACUUUCUUCACCUAGUGUUACCCUCUUUUCUCUACCUCUGACUUCGGCACACUACAACAACACGCCAGUCAUCACUGUCAUUUGCUCGGGCU